AUGGUUGGAUUAUUGAAUCCAAUGAAAUAUGGCGAUCAUUUCUACGAAUUAUAUACGAGCAAUACACGCAGAAAACUGCAAAAUGAGCGCAAGGCUCUCACGAAGCGCAAGAGCCGCAAGGAGAAGUCGGCAGCGGCCCUGGCAGCAGCUGCCGCCGCCGCCGUGCUGGACGGCAAUGGCGGGGGCGUUGGUGGCGGCGCCGGUGCUGCUGGUGGUAUUGUAAACCCAUUGGAUCCACCGUUGGUUAAGGAUCAGCUGCUGUUUAUGCCGGCAUUUCCGGUAGCGCAAAUAGAGCUCGAUCCGAAUGCAUCGAAAUUUGCGGUAUUUUCGGCCAUACGCUCCACGGUGCUGGAGGCAGAGACACGCUUUGCGCUCUUUCACGACGGCAACGGACAUGGUGGCAAUGGCUCCGGUUCGGCGCUUCGCAAAUGGAGCGGCAAUAUGGGCUCCUCGUGCUGUCUGGUCUGCGCCAGCAGCUGCAUGGUCAGCAAUCUGGUCGAAUGCUCCUGCCAUGCGCAGCAUGCUGUGGGCGGCGGCGGUGCAGCUGGUGGCGCUGGCGGUGCAGCAGCUGGCGCUGGUGCUGCCGGGCAAGCAGACAAACGGACAGCGAACGGCGCCAAUAGCGAUGCCGACUCGGAUGCAGAGGAGCCUGAGGAGCGCGAACCGGUCUAUGCCACAGUUCCGCUUAUUGUCGGCGCCGGACUACGCAGUCUCUUCGAACUGAUUGCGGACGCACGUCAUAUCCAACCGCUGCUGUGCACCAAGGCGCUCAAGGCGUUGCUCGAUGUCAUCCAGGGCCAGCAGCCGGAAUCGUUCAAACUCGAACCGGAGGAUCUUAUCAAUCCGCUCUACGAUCUGCUGCUAGAUCUGGCCACCAUGCCGGCGGCGCUCACAUCCAGCACCGGCGCCGAGGCCAACUGGUCGGCAAUGGCAUGUGCCGCCCUGCUCGGCCUGUGCAUUGCACGCGGCGAUACGGGCAAAAUGCUUAAGGCAAUUGCCGCCAUGCUGAUGUCGCCCAGGCAGCUCUCAGCGCAGAUUAUCCAGCUGCCCGCCGUGCUGGCUGCACUGCAGCAUACGGUUGUCAGCGCAGCGCUCAAUAAGCCAACGCGUCCCGAUUUCCAUAGUCAUGGAGUGCCGCACAAUUCUCUGGUUGAUGAGUUCGCGUUGAAGUUGCCCUCGCUGACGGUUCUACAGCAGCACAUGGCACCAGCCAUGGCCUGCGAUGGCGUCUUUGUUUAUGUCCUUUAUGGCGGUGCAUUGUUAAAGAUUGGCACCGGCUUCGGUGGCUCUUACAAGGGACACAUCUAUGCCCAGAACGAGGAGUUCUGUCGCGAACGCAACGCCUGGCUCGGCUACAGCGGCGGGCAAUUAUAUUUUCGUCGCAAUUGCAAACGCAGCGCCGAUCAGCUGCAGCUGGUGGGCAUGGACACGCUGGCGGUCAAGUCAAUGAAUCCACUCAAUAUGCUCUCGAUGCGCGAGGGCCUCAACUAUGUGCUCUUCACCGACGACGAUUCAUUGCAUGCCAUUUGCAGCAAUCGCGAUGACACACUGGUGGUUAAGAAGCUUAACCUUUAUCACAAUAGCUACAGCAGCGAGCCGCCGCCGUUUGAGCUGCCGCUGCAGUUGGCGCGCAAAAAGUUCCGUACGCUGGGCUAUGCGGCAUUCGAGGAUGAGCUGCUCAAUCAGCAGCAGAUCCAGCGCAUACAGUCGGCGCACAAUAGCUUUGAGCCAAAGUUGCCGGCGCCGUGUCGCGAUGCCGAUGUGCUGGGCAUGGCCUGCGGCAAGGAGUUCGGUUUAGUACGUGCCAGCAAUGGGCGUGUCUACUACUAUGGCAAGUCGGCGGCAUUGGGCUUGAAAUGUGUGGGCCGCACGCCCACACUGAAGCUGACCGAACUGAUUGUCUCGAAGGCGGCGCACAUUGUGCACGUGGCCGUUGGACACGAUGGUAUACAUGCGCUGCUCGUGAACGAUGACGGCACCGUCUAUUUUGCGGGCACGGCGCGUCGCGGCGAGGAUGGCGACAGCUCCAAGAAUCGACGCCAGCCAAAGGCGGUGAAGCCCAAGAAGAUGACCAAAAUCGAUGGCCAUGUUGUGGUGCAUGCUGCUUGCAACAAUGGCACCUCCGCCUUUGUGACCAAAACGGGCAAACUGAUCAUGUAUGGCAAGGAUACGGCACACUGCGAUUCCAUGGGCUUUGUCAGCGAGCUGCUCGAUCAGCAUGUGACCAAAGUGGCGCUGGGCAAGGCGCACUGUGUCGCUUUAAGCGCCAAGGGGCAGGUCUUCACCUUUGGCCUGAACAACAAGGGUCAGUGUGGGCGUGUCUUCAACAAAAUGAUGCCCGUCCGUGAUGUGCCCAGCUCUUCAGCGGCGUACGCACUGCUGGGCUUGCACUCCGACAAGCUGCGCCACAAACUGGACUUCUCAACGCUCUGCGAUUACGAUGAUCAUAAUUUGGUUCAGGGCCAGUGCCGCGUCUGUGUCAUGUGCCGCGAAUGCACCGGCUACAAUGUCAGCUGCGUGUCCGCGCUGAAUGUGCCGCUGGAGCAGCGUCUGGCGGGCAGCAUUUGUCCCUGCGGCCAUGGCGAUGCUGGCUGCGCCAAGUGCGGGCUGUGCGCCGCCUGCGUUGCGCUGCAGGAGAGCGAGAUUGCCGAUGCGAAGGCGGAACUGAAGCCGCUGCCCGGUGAACUGCAGCGCCAGCAGCGCUCCAAGACGCUGAUCAUGCGGCGCAAGGAAAAGAAACCCUCGGAGCUGGAAACUGGCGCCGCUGGUUGCACCGGCGGCGGCGGCACACCCACCGAUCUGGAGAAGGAUCCGCCGCGUGUGGCACCGCUGGCACCGCAAGUGCUGCAGCUGCCAAGUGGCUCGCCGGUGGUGCAAGUGGCCUGCGGCCUGCAUCACACCGUGGUGCUCACGCUGGCCGGCGAGGUCUUCACAUUUGGCAGCAAUCAAUACGGCCAGCUGGGCAGCGGAGAUCUGCAGGCAGUCACUGGUCCGAUACGCGUACAAGUGCAGGGCGCCAUUAGCCAGGUGGCCGCUGGCAGCAAUCACACGGUGCUGCUCACGCACAAGGGCAUUGUCUACACAUUCGGCAACUAUCAGAAGGGUCAGCUGGGUCGCUUGCCCAGCGACUAUGGCCAGAAGACGGUGCCCAACAGCGCCAUUGCCCAGCAGCAGCUGUUGCAGCAACAACAGCAACAGCAGCAGGAGGAGGAAGCUGCCACACAGGAGGCCGCCUGCGUGCUGCCCGGUGGCUCCAAGGAGACAAUUCUUAUACCGCCCAAUACGGCUGCUCUCAUAGCGCAGCGCCAGAAGUUUCUAUGGAACUGUGCGCCCGGUGCCGUCUUCGGCCUGGGCCCCAGCUAUGGCAAAAAGGUUACCUGGAUCGGUGCCAAUGGCGAUCAGACCUUCAUCAAGAUUGACGAGUCGCUGAUCACCGCUCAAAUGCUGCCCAAGAUGCAUGUGGUGGCCAACAAAAAGACCAUAAUACUCAUACCCAGCAUACCGCUGUCAUUUCACACGCUCUCGAUAAACCGUAGCGAUGGCAGCUGCACGCCGCAUUAUCGCGGCCAAACGAACUUUGCGCAGCUGCUGCAGGCGCAACAGCCACUUGGACAGCCGGAGAUCAAUCGAAAUGUGGACGUGGCGACGCCUUUGGUCGCCGAAUUGCCGCUGGCCAGCAGCACCACGGCCGGUGUGCCCAUCAAUGAGCAAAUGUCACGCAGCAUGCACGAGGCGCGCAAUCACAUCUUUGAGGAGCAACAGCAUAUGGAGACGGCACAGGCCACAUCGCUGGCGGCCUCGCCACGACUGCAGCGACGCGUUCGACCGCGACCAGAGGCAGCAGCUUGCCCGGCAUCGCCCGAGCAGCAACAGCAGGCGCUACCGCCGCAAAUCUCCUUCGCCAUGGAUCCCAGCUACAAUGUUCUCUGGGUAUUCGAUGGCGGUGCCCGCAAGCUGCGCUGCCACAAUGUGGUGGCCAGCGAAAUAGCCGAAUGCGAUGUGAACGCGGGCAACUAUCGGGCGCUGUUGUCGCCGGAAUUGUCGCUGCCGUGCAAGGCGGAGGCGCGCGUGUCCCGCUCGCAGGCAUCGCUCAAUUUGCUGGCCUGCCUGGAUAUACUGACAUCGGCACAGGACAAUAUACCCGGCUGCUUUGAGCAGGCGCUGCCACAGCAGCCGCACCAAACGGCCGAGGCGCAGAGCGGCGAAUAUCAGGUGGUGAAUCGAUUCGACAACUUUGGCGGCGGCUGGGGCUAUUCGGGGCACAGUGUGGAGGCGGUGCGCUUCUCGGCGGACACGGACAUUGUGAUAUGCGGCUUUGGCAUGUUUGGCGGACGCGGCGAAUACAGUUGCAAGCUGAAGCUCUACGAUCUGGGCGCCGAUGGCGGUGGCUACGAAAAGGAGGGCGUACUAAUUAGCGAAACCAAGGAGGUGCCAUACGAGUGCGCCGCACGCAGCAAACAUCACAUUGUGCUGCCGAAGCCCGUGAGCGCAGCGGCGGGUCGCUGGUAUUUGGUUUGGGCACGCAUCGCGGGCCCAUCCUCCGAUUGCGGUUCGUGCGGCCAGGCAUCGGUGACCACCGAGGAUCAGGUGGUCUUCUCGUUCAAGUCCAGCAAGAAGGCAAACAAUGGCACCGAUGUCAACUCCGGCCAAAUACCCGCCAUACUGUAUCGCCUGGUUACCCAGGACUGCAAGCAGUCACCGCUGCCGCUCGAUGCGGAUCCCGUGCAACGCAUAUCGCGGGCCUUUGCCAACAGCGUGAGCCGCGAGUGCUUCGAGAGUUUGGUGGUGCUGCUCAGCUGGUCCUGGGACUGCUUCAAGACACAACUGCGUGAGCAACGCGAACGCACAAGGCCGCUGCAGCUGCAGCAAACGCUUCAGUAUCUGGGCUAUGUCAACAAGUCCUGUCUGCGCCUGCUGCGCAAAUACACCAACGAGAUCUAUCCACAGCGUGCAACAACAACAACAGCAACAACAACAGCGACAUCAACAUCAGCGUCUGGCAGCAACACGGCUGCGAGCGGCUCUGCUGCUGCUGUCGCUGCCCUUUCCAAGCUCCAACAAGCCAAGACAGUUAACAAAGGUAUUCUCCAUCAGUUUGUCGGCUUUCCCAAAUCGUUUCUUAUACUUUCUUGCCUUGCAGACAAGCCGACAAGUCGUGCGCUCAGCAAUGCAUCCAGCACGCAGCCCAGCGCAAUGUCCGCCUUGGGCACGGGCACCCCGGCCACGCGCAAAACCAAUCUGGAGAACAUUCAGCUGGCCGAGUGCAUUGGCAAUGUGCGCGCCCUCCUCAUUAGCAUCUUUUGCGACGACAUCUUCAAGGACAUUGCCACCGAUGAGGGCUAUGCCCUGGUACUGGAAAUCCUAGACGAAUGUCAUUUGAGCUUUGUGGCCUGCUUCGAUGCAUUCUAUCCAACAUCGUCGCUCAAAUGGAACUGCCUGUGCGAUUUGUUGGCCCAAAUGGAUCGCGGUGCACUGCAUUCCCGCCUGCUGAGCGCCAUUCUGGCCGGCCUCUGUUCGCCCACAGUGAAGCUGCGUGCCACGUUCUCGCUGCUGAACGCAGCUGGUGGCAAUGAGCGUCAGUCGAUAAUCAGUCCCAGCGAUAAUUCGGGUCUGCCCAUGCUAUCGUCAACGGAGGCCCAUCAGUAUCCGAUACUGGUCGAACAGAUGAUCUAUCGCACGCAGCAGGAGAAGAGCGACUUUUUGAGCAACUCGUGGACAUUUAAGGAUGUGCUGGUGCGUCUGCUGGAAAUCAUAGCCAGUCCAAUUAGGGCGCGCAUUGAGUCCAUCUAUAGUCGUUGCCUGGGCGGCAGCUAUGCGUUCAAGGAGUGCAUCAAUCAGGGCCUCAUUGAUAACUGUUGCCAUCUGCUGGCCCGUGUCCUGGCCGAGAUUGUCUAUCAGACGGCCCUGGGCGAAUAUGAUAAACUAUUUUUGCCGCCACGGACACUGCACUCGACCAGUUCACGUUUCGCACGCUGCGACUUGAGUCGCACCUGGAAUACGGGCAAUUUCGGACCGGAUGCAAUUGCCUUCUCGGUGGAUCGUCCGGGCAUUGCCAUCGCCGGCGCCAUGAUCUAUUCGGGCUCGGGCAGCUAUGACUAUCAGCUGGAGCUGCUGUAUGACAAUACGGUGGAUCUGCAGCCGCAGCACAAAUGGGAGACAUUGGAGUCGAUAUCGGGCAGCUAUGAUCAGGAGGCGGUGCACAAUGAUCUAGCCGAAAUCAAAUUUGAGCAUCCGGUGCACAUCAAGGAGCACGCACGCUAUGCAUUACGCCUGUGCUCACAGGGCGCGCGCACCUGUUCCGGCGAUGCGGGCAUGCCCACAGUGCGCGGCCCGUGCGGCGCCAAUUUUCAUUUCUAUGCCUGCGAUCUGAGCUUCAAUGGCACCACGCCCGCGCGCGGCCAACUGCCCAGCAUACUCUACUACAGCACGCCCAUCAAGCAGCAGCAGCACGGCUGCUCAGCGGAUGCGGCACAUGGCAGCGCUGUGGCCAGCAACGAGAUAUCCACACGGGAUACGGCGCUGCAAAUAGCCGCUGAUAUAACAAAGAAAUGCACGGAGCUGUUGAUAUUGGCGCGCAAUGCGAUGGCCGCAUCCUGUUCGCCGUCAGACAACUCAUCGUCGAAUCAUACACAGACCAUCGAUUCGGAGCACAAUAUAACGCCGAUUGAGGAGCAUAUGGACAUUAAUUGGGCAAAUAAUUCACGGACCGCAGCGCUGCCCGUUGAUCCGCAGCUGUCGACAACGGCCAGGGAUUUGGGUAAACGCAUCGAGUCCUUCUCCAAGGGCAUCAUGGAGACACUGAAAUUUGACAAACGCUCAACAAAUCCAUUCGAAAUGGAAAUCGAAAUUGGCGCCACGGAAAUUGGUGUCGAAGAGACGGCCGAAAUGAAUUUCUCCAAUGUCCAAUUGGCCGCCAAGCUCAAUGGCAAUGAGCGUGCCGAGUACGAGCUGGCAUCGGAGGAGCCAGACCAGCAGCAGCAGCUGCUGCUGCAGCAGCAACAGUUGCCGUUACAGCAACAGCAGCAACAAUUACCGCCGCAGCCGCACCCGCUGCAGCAACUUUUGCAUUCGGACUCGGAGGAGGCACAAAUUGUUGGCGGCGGCGGCGGCGGUGUUGCCGCCUUGCAGCUGCUGGAGGUCUUCAAUUUGGCCGCCUCGAAUAUGUUUCAUACGCUGUUGCCGCUGGUCUAUGCGCACAUCGCCAACUUGGCCUGCAGCGAUCCCAAGAGCUCGGUUCAGAUACUCGGCCUCAUCAAGGAGAUAUUACCGCACAUUGCGGCGCUCAAUCAGCUGCAUGUCUCCAAGGAGCAGCGCACAGAGCAGCCGCUGCUGCGACCCGAACCCACAACAACCGCCACCGGCAACAGCAGCAGCAACAACAGCACCACGACCAGCAAUCACUAUUGCAUUGUGGAGAGCGAACAUCCGUAUCGCAGCGCCAGCAUCAGUUGCUAUCGUGUCGAGUUUCCGCCCUGUGUCCAAUGGCUGACAAUUGAGUUUGAUGCACAAUGUGGCACCGCACAGCUCGAGGAUUAUUUGCUGCUAUCGAUACCCAUGCGUCCGGCGGCCGCAACACAGCCCUGCCAGGCGACGACAACGACGCCAGCUGCACGACGCGCCCAUAAUGCCCAGCUACAGAUGACCAGCUGCUGUCGCACGCCCGGCACGCAGCCACUGCGUCAAUUGGAUGCAGUCGAUCACGAUUGGAUUGUGGUCAAGAAGUUCAAUACCGCCUCCAAUUGGCUGCAGAACGUUCUGAUUUUGCCCGGCAAUUGCGUCGAGUUCUCACUGGAGACGGCCUCACUCUAUGCCCAGGAUCCGCACAACAAUCGCUAUGGCUUCAAGUGUCUGGUCGUUGGCUACGACAAUCCCACGGCGAUCAAUGCCAGCAAUUCGUGUCUGAUACGACUGGAACAGGAGCUGGCCUAUCUGGGCGGCAUGUGCAGCGCCAAUCUCAUGAAAAAGGAUCUCCAUCUGCCGGAUGACAAGGACAUGGACGACAUGAGCGGCAUUGAGGAAACAAUUAGCGCUCACCAUUCGCUGCUCUCCAAGGGCUUUGCGCUAUCCGAACCGCAUUUAACCGUGCAUCAGGCAUUGGAAUCAUAUCUGCCCAUUGGCUCGCAGUCAAAUGAGCGUCAAUUUCUGAAGGACUUCAUUAGCGGGGCGCCCGGCUCCUCGGGCGCACGUCUGGCCGCCUGGCUGCAGCCGGAGUCGCGCCUGGAUCCCAAUAAAUGCGAGCUGAACACGAUAACGGAGCCGCUGCGCUAUGGCUGGCCCACCCAGGUGACGGUGACGAUCCGGGAUCAGUAUGGCGAUGCUGUGCUGGUGCCGGAGCUGAAGGUGGAGAUAAAGGCCAUACCGACGGGCCCGGACCGCAGCGGCGGCGGCGGCGGCGGACUGGGCGGCAAUCAGAAGAUGCGACGCACCUCCUAUGCGGACGAGGGCCUGGGCGGCAUGGCGCCGCCGCCGCGUCUCAACUAUGAGGCGACCACCAAGGAGAAGAUGUGCUUCAAGGCGAUCACAUUCAUGAAGCCCUACACAAACUAUUCGUUCGAGGAGCUGCGCUUCAGCAGCCCCAUCCAGACGCGCACCACCGAAGCGCUCAAUGCCCAGGACAUGGAGGAUGGCACCUUCAGCGUGCACUGGACGCCCAAUUCUGUCGGCGGCUAUUGUCUGGCCGUCACCAUCGAUGGCAUACCACUCGAGGAGGUCUAUCGCGUCGAGGUCAAGGAGGGCAUGCUGCCGCCGCCGACGCAGCGCUCUAGUGCGACACGUCGGCCGCAGGCGCCGAGCAAGCUGCGUCGCUUUCAGGCGCAGCACAGCGCCGGGCUGCGCAUACGCUCACAUCCCACGCUGCAGUCCGAGCAGGUGGGCGUGGUGCGGCUGGGCGGCAUCAUAUCGUUCAUUGACGAGAUCGAAAACGACGACGGCAUCUGGCUGCGUCUCUCGACCGAAUCCAUACGCCAGCACUGCACUAUGGGCUGGUAUCCGACGGAGGCCUGGUGCCUGCAAUUCAAUCAGCAUCUGACACGCACCCUGCUCCAGCCGGUCAGCGAUGCCACAGCACCGGCCAAGUCCGGCAGGUGCGCAAAGUCCGGCACAGACACGGCGGAGGCGCCGCCGGCCAGUCCCAGCGGCAGCAAUGCGGACAGCCCCAGCAGUCCCGGACGCAGGCACAGCAAAUCGCCGACAGAGCGCAAAAUCUUUGAGCCCGUCAUCGCGUCCAGCAGCAGCAGCUGCUCAACAAAUCCCUUUCUGCUGCCCGCCAAAUCCAACGAGCAGCUCGACGCGGACAGCACGCUGGCCUCGGCCACGACCGAGCUGCUGCCGGCCAAUCUGGGCUCGGCGCUGGCGGGCGUUGUGGGCGGCGGCGCCAUCAAGCUGCAGGCGCUGCAAAAGUGGUUCAAGGGCGAUGCCGGCGACGCAACCGCCACGGAUGCCAGCAGCCAGCCAGCCAGUCAGGCGGGCACAUCGCCGCCGCUGGCCGCCGUCUCCGUGCGCGAGCUGGUCCGUGUUAUGGGCGGCCCGGAGACAACGACGCCGCCGAUGCGCGGCAAUGGCAACUGUCGCGAACAGGAGCCAGGCGCAGCGGAUGCUGGUGGCGCCGACUUUGAUAUAGCCAGCGUGCGGCGCAUGAACUUCACGGCCAGCCAAACGGCGGCGCUGCUGUCGACGCCCAAGCAUACGCCGCGGCGUGCCGCCCAGCCGGCCGCCAGCGAGGCGGAGCAGCAGCAGCAGCUGGCCCAGCUGGAGGAUGAGCUGAGCGUUCUGCAAAUAACGACAACAACAAACGAGGCCAGCGAGACGCAAAGUGAGCUGCAAAUUGGCGGCACAGAUGCCGCCAAUCCAGCGGCCACGUGCUCGAGACGCAACCAUGCAAUGGGCCCCAUUAAGCGUGCAAUGCCGCCCUCCUUUGCCGAGAGCAUACGUGCGGUCUUUGCCGCACUGCUCUGGCACGAGGGUGUCGUCCAUGAUGCCAUGGCCUGUGCCAGUUUCCUCAAAUUUCAUCCCGGCCUGCCCAAGGAGGGCGCCACGGUGGUGACGCGUCGCGAUCCGAACGAUGCCCGGCUGCAGCUGUCCCGCGAACAGAAGGCCCAACAGCGACAUUCGGUGGAGGUGGCCAAUGCCGGACACUAUCUCAAUAUACGUCCCUCGACGCUCGAAACGCUAGCCAAGAGCGGCAAUUGCUCGCUGCACAAUCGCAGCAAGCAUCGCAAGGCAGCCGCCGUUUCCGCUUCUGGAGAGGAUCAGCAGCAGCAGCAGCAGCAGCUGCAGCCGUUGCCGGAGCUGGUGAGCGUGUUGCCGCCGGCUCUGCGCUGUCUGGUUUAUCUCUGGGAGCAGAUCUGUGCCGGCUGCGUGCACAUUGUCCAGACGAAUGCGCUCGAGCAGCGUGAGCCGCGUCUGUUGUCGCCGAACGGUGCUCGGGAUGGUGAUACGGAUGCCAAGGGCGAUGGCAAGGGUAACGGUGAUUUGGGCGGCGACAGCAAGGAUCCCAGCAAGAAGGGUAAACGCAAGAAAAAGGACGACGGCAGCUGGUGCGAAAUCUGCGAACUAUUUCUGCCCAUGCCCGUCACAUAUCAUAUGCGCAUCGCCCAUCCCGGCUGCGGCAAAUCCGCCAAGGGCAAGGGCUACAAUUCCGUGGGCAUCUUCUGCGAGGGCUGGGCCGGCAAUUGCGGCGAGGGCGGCAAAGGCGCCUCCAGCUGGUUCCUCAUGUGCGACGCCUGCCGCGACAAAUAUCUGGCGAGCAGUCGCAGCGCCAACAAUGUUAACGCCGCCGCACAACAAGCCGCCAAUGCAGCUGCGGAAUUGAAUUUGUUUGGCGUGAAGACAACCACGCUGAUCGCCAACUCGGAGGUCUAUACCACCAUGCGUGAGAAUGCGACAUUUUUGCUGGAGCUGUGCUCAUCCUCCGCCUCCUCCACGGGCAGCCUGCAGCCGAACGCAAUCGUGGGCAGCCAGAAGCGAUCGCCCCAGCAGCAACAGCAGCAGCAGCAACAGCAACAGUCGAUGGCCAUGCCGGUUGUGGUAGAGCAUCAGCAUUUGGGCAUGCCCGAUCUGAAUCUGAGCAGCAAGCCGAGCACCAGUCGCGCCGACUCGGCGCGCAACAGUCGCAUCGGACGGCUGAGCGGCAAGUUUACGGCAUUUCGGAAAAGUUUUGUGGGCGUGCCGCCGGCAACGCCGGACAAUGUUUGGCUGGCGCCCGAUAGCUUUGCCUGUUUCGAGUGCCUCGGCACCGGCGUCCACGAGGAUUUGCCCUACGAGAUGUUUGGCCUGGGCGCCAAUGCCAAUGAGAACGGCUACGAUCGGCCCCUGUCGGAGAUCUCGUACGAGUCGUGUGAGCCGAACAACUAUGAAUUGAUGUCCGGCUCUUUGGCAAAUCCGACCUCCACUGGCGGCACCUUGUCCAAAUUCCAUCGCAGCUACUCAAUGGGCCAGGGCUGGGCAGCUGUUGCACAACAACAGCAGCAGCAGCAGCAGCAGCAACAGCCGCAACUGCAGCUGCAGUUGCAGCAUCAUCAACAGCUCCAACUGCAGCAGCAGCCCUCGGUGGUCGCAUUGCCGCUGGAUGCACAACCGAAGGUUGUCUAUCGGCGGCGCAACAAUUCGACCAGCGAGGGUGACGGCUCGCUGCUCAUCUGCUAUCCGUCGGAGCAUCUGCGUCGCCUGGUGCCCCCGAAGCUUUUGGCCAGCGUCGCCGUGCUGCCGCAUGCUCCCAACAAUGCCAACGAUACGCUAACCAAGCCCAAUCCGGCCGAGAGCAAGGAUCAGCCGAAAUCGCAACCGCCGCAACCGCUGCCGCUGCCGCCACCGCCGGCGCCGGUUAGUCCGCUGCCGGAACAGAAUAACGCGCUGCUCAGUCGACCCGCAAUGGCGUUCAUCACACAGAAACACGAACUGGAUCGGCUGCGCGGCGCAAUGCGACGCAGUCUACGGAUCGCCGCCUGCCGCAUCUAUGCCCUGCAGGCGCUCAACUGGCUGCUGCGCAGCGUGACGCAGGGCGUUUGCCUGCACGAUCUGAUGUGGUGGUUCGUCAGCUCGCUGGCGCUGGGCAGCUCCGAGCUGGUCGAUGGCAAGUAUGAGGAGGCGGAACCGGCACUGGAGCAUCCGGCUGCCUAUACACAGAUCAGCGGACGUUUCGCACAUCUAAUAACCCAGUCGCUGCAUGUCCUGCUCCAAUCGGUGGCAGAUCUGACGCUACAUUUGCCGCUGGGCUCGCCGCUGCAGCGUGUGGCCAUCCAGUGCUUUGGCAUACGCUUCCGGCAGGCGGAUCAUCAGUUUCUGCACAGCUCGCAUGUCUUUGGCAACAUCUCAAAGAUAUUGUCCAAAUCGGAUGAGCAAAACGAUGCCAUGGCCGUUUCCACAUUGCUGGCCGCCACCGGCGAAACGCAUUGCGAUGCGGAGCAUAAUAUUGCCAGCGCUAGCAAUCAGCUGGCCGCUGGCAGUGUGCCCGGCGCCCGGGUCAUCUGCUAUACGGAUCUGUCGGGCAUGUUCGAGGUGACGGUCUCCUCACGGCCGGCCAUGGCCGAAUCCCUGACGGACAACUCAACGGAAACAUUCUGGGAGAGCGACGAGGAGGAUCGCAACAAGUGCAAAAUUAUCGAGCUAUCCAUGAACAAACUCAGCUAUGCCUGCAAAUUUGUGCUCGUCCACAUCGACAACAGCCGCGACAUUCAGAACAAGGUGCUGAAUGUGGUAUUCUAUGCGGGCCAGUCGCUGGGCGACACGAAUCUCAUCAAGACAGUGGACGUGGACCAGAAGGCGUGCGUGUGGAUUGCGGCCAAGAUCAGCGACGAGACCUGCACGCACUUUCGACUGGAACUGCACGGCCCGGAGAAUACGCUGCGUGUGCGUCAAAUCAAGCUGCUCGGUCUGCCCAGCUGUCAGGUGGGCGCCGUUCACGAGGAGCCGCCAUCAGUCGAGCAGCGGGCCAAUGUGCGUUUGGCGCACGCGGCGCGCAUCCAACAGCAAAUCUGUGAGGCGGAAACGUUGCGCGUUUUCCGUCUAAUAACCGGCCAGGUAUUCGGCAAGCUGAUCAGCAAUGUAAGCGAUGCGGUGACAGCAACUGGCGCAGCCACAUCGGAGGCAGCCAACUCAAUGCUGGCGGAUUCGCUGGAUCUGCGCGAACAUAUGGUUGGCAUUCUGUUCUCGCGCAGCAAGCUGUCGCAUCUGCAGAAGCAGGUGAUUGUGCACAUUGUGCACGCCAUCAAGAAGGAGGCGCAGCGCGCCAAGGAGGACUGGGAGCUGGCCAAUUUGGCCCAUGUGCUCAAACAGCAGCCGCCUCCUCCGCCAGCAGCAGCAGCAGGAGCAGGAGCUGCGGGCGGAUCAGCUGCGGCCACGUCCAGCGAGAGCAGCUCGGAGCGCAGCCGCGCACCGGACACCUAUUGCUUCGAGAUGCUCAGCAUGGUGCUGGCCCUGUCCGGCAGCGUUGUGGGUCGCUCGUAUCUAUCGCAGCAGCACGGUCUGCUGCGCGAUCUGUUGGGCCUGCUGCAUACGGGCAGCGAUCGGGUGCAGCGGCAGGUGACGGCGCUGCUGCGUCGCAUUCUGCCGGAAAUUACGCCGGAGAGCUUUGCGGAUCUGCUGGGCGUGCAGCGUUUGCCGCCGGCCGAUUAUAGCAUUGCGCAUCAGAGCGCCAGCGAUUUUGACAUGAGUCGUUUGGGCUUGUUGGACAUCUUUUUGGCCGUCAUUGCCAAGUCGCUGCAGCUGCAGGUCAAGGUCAAGACCAACACAGCAAAUGCAGCUGGCGGCGUCGGUGGGGGCGUGCCUGCGUCCAGCGUUAAGUCUGGGCAGCUGGAGAAGACGCCCGCAUUUGUGCGGCUGUGCAGCUCCCUGGAUCUGUCCGUGCAGCUGUUGCGCUCACGUCCAACCACAGCGGAGCAGCAGCUGGCGGUGGCGCCGGCACCGAGCACAACCAGUGAUCCGUUUCGCUUUGACUCCGCACCACCCAAGAAGGAGUCCAAGCGCAAUUUGAACCAGCGCUGGUUCCUCAACGGAGUCAUUUCCACCAAACAGGCGGAGAGCAUCAUUGGACUCAUACGCGAUUUGGCUAGCGGUAAGCUGAGUGAGAAGUGGUCGCAGAUCACCAAGGCGGCCAUUGCGGAGUCUGUCCUGAAUCUGACACGGCUCGAGGAGAUCUACCGCACGCCGGAGCAUUGCACAAAGACGGCCACACUGUGGCUAGCGCUGGCUAGUCUCUGUGUGCUGGAGCGUGAUCAUGUGGAGAAACUGUCGUCUGGACAAUGGUCCAAGCUCUGCGACACGCGACCCAUGUGCACCAAUCAUGACGAUGGCGAAACGGCGGCCAUCAUUCAAUGCGAAACAUGCGGCUCGCUCUGCGGCGAUUGUGAUCGCUUUUUGCAUCUCAAUCGCAAGACACGCACACAUAAGCGCACGGUUUGCAAGGAGGAGGAGGAGGCCAUACGCGUGGAAUUGCACGAGUCCUGCGGCCGCACCAAGCUCUUCUGGCUGCUCGCCUUGGCCGACUCGAAGACGCUGAAGGCAAUGGUUGAGUUUCGCGAUGGCAGCCACACGAUCAUCUCGGGCCCCCAGGAGGCUGUGGGUCGGUGUCGGUUUUGCGGGCUCACCGGCAACUCGGGCCUGCUGGAGAUUGGAAACGUGUGCGCCGAUGCCCAAUGCCAGGAAUAUGCAGCCAAUUCCUGCCUCAAGACAAAGCCCUGCGGUCAUGCCUGCGGCGGCGUGGCCGGCGAACGCAAAUGCCUGCCCUGCUUGCAGCAUGUGUGCCAUGCCCGCGAGAAUGAGCUGGCCGAGGAGCUGCGCGAUCCCAAGCUGACACAGGAUGCGGACGACAUGUGCAUGAUAUGCUUCGUGGAGGCCGUCUCCUGUGCGCCAUCCAUACAUCUGGAGUGCGGUCAUGUGUUUCACUUUCACUGCUGCAAGGCCGUGCUGGAGAAGCGCUGGAGCGGACCGCGAAUUACCUUUGGCUUCUCGCUAUGCCCCAUCUGCAAGGCGGACAUACAGCAUCCCCUUUUAUCGGACAUAUUGGAGCCAAUCAAUGCACUCAAGCAAGAUGUCAAGCGCAAGGCGCUCAUGCGCAUCAAAUACGAGGGCGUGGUCAAGGAUACGGACAACAAGGAUGUGACACAGCUGGCAAUGGAUCGUUAUGCGUAUUACGUAUGCUUCAAAUGCCAGAAGGCCUACUAUGGCGGCGAGGCGCGCUGCGAUGCGGAAAUUGGCGAAAAAUUCGAUCCCGAGGAGCUCGUCUGCGGCGGCUGCUCGGAUGUGGCGCGCGCCCAAAUGUGCCCCAAACAUGGCACCGAUUUUCUCGAAUACAAAUGCCGCUACUGCUGCUCGGUGGCGGUGUUCUUUUGCUUUGGCACCACCCACUUUUGCGAUACGUGCCACGAUGACUUUCAGCGCCUGACCAACAUACCCAAGAUCAAGCUGCCCCAAUGCCCCGCCGGGCCCAAGGCCAAACAGCUGCUGGGCGACGAGUGUCCCCUUCAUGUCAUCCAUCCGCCCACCGGCGAGGAGUUCGCUCUUGGCUGUGGCGUUUGUCGUAAUGCCCAAACAUUUUAGCAACUGCGUGCCAAGCAACUGCAGCUGGAACUUAAACUGGAACUGCAACUGGAACUGGAACUGGAGCUGGAACUAGAUCGCUCGCCAGCGGAACCGCCGCCGCCGCCAGAAUACGCGCCUAGAGAGGAGGACUUUUAGGCACACACACACACACAUAUAUAUGAAGAGAGAGAGAGAGAGAGAGAGAGGGAG